AACCCCACACCCACCGUUCACGAGGCACUAAUCUAGUAAUCUUCUGCAUAAAGCUGCUUUAAAUACAAAACAAAAAAACAGGAAAAAGCAAAAACACAAAAAAAACAGAAACAGAGUCUGACUACUCUCUCUCCUCUCCACCAUGGAGAACGCACCCUCAGUUCUUCUAAGCUUCGAACCAGCCCCCUUCCCCGCAUCGCCAAGCAGCGUGGACUUAUCUCCUCUUGAAUUCGUUCUCGCUCUUAUUGCCGUGGUCACCAUCCCAGCCUUAGUCUACGUCUUCUUCUUCGCCGUGAAGUGCCCUCCAAACCCUUUUCGAGGACGAAGAUACCGGAGCUCCUCGAGCGAGACCGAUGGAAUUAGUAACUUAGAUGGGGUUGCAGAUGUUGUUAAGGUUGAGAAAGAAAGCAGCCACGCUAGUAAAGAUGUUGUUGGUAGUGAGUGUCCUGUGUGUUUGAUGGUGUUCGUAGAGGGUGAAGAAGUGAAGCAACUGAGUGUGUGCAAGCACUCUUUCCAUGUUCCUUGUAUUGACUUGUGGCUCAAUUCUCAUUCUAACUGUCCCGUUUGUCGUGCUUCUGUCUCUGUUAAGCAAGGGGUCGGGAAGAGAUCAAUGUUUUGUUAUGAAUUCUGUUUGCUUUUCAAUACCUUCAUCACCGACAAGUUGUAGUUAUAGUAUUGUUGUUUGAAGAAGAAAAAGAUGAGGGAAUCCAAGGUAGACAAAUAGGAUUAGUGAUGUCAAA